GAGCUUCACUAAGCCAGGCACUGACGCCAUCAAAGCAGUGCUCUAUAAUUUAGGAAAAGGACCGAGGAUUCAGACGUUGGCUAAGACGGUUGGGCCACUGACAAUCCUGCCGAACACGGCGUCAGUAAGCAUUGAAAAACUGCCUCUCGCUGCUCAUGGCUUGUUCACCUGCCAGGCUUUCUAUGACAUUGAAGAUAAGCCUAUAGUUUACUAUUACUACGUACAUCUGACUGUCCAAGUUCCUGUCAGUAAACCAUAUCUUGUGAUGAGUGAAGCAUCUCCAGUGGAAGGAUCUACAAUAUGGAUGAACUGCAGUGUGGAAAAUGGCACUGAACCGAUUCAGUACAUGUGGCAACAUGAAACUCCCAAUGAAAACAUUUCGAACAUCUCACAGAGCAACAGCAGCAUUGUUGAUGUGGCCAGCAUAAGCCGAAACCACACAGGCUGGUACCACUGUGAGGUCAGCAACGCUGUCAACAAGGAGACCUCUAACCGCUUAUUGUUAAAUGUCACAUUUGGUCCAGAUGAACCUCAGCUUGAUGUGACUCCAUAUCAUAUAACAAACAAUGGAUACACCGCUCUGGAGAAUGAGACUGUUUCCAUGUACUGUAGAGCCCAGUCCAAUCCAGGCAGUCAGUACAUCUGGUUUUACAACAACUCCCAAAUUUACACAAGGCCACUGUUUACUAUCAACAACGUCCUCCGAACCCACACUGGCAACUACACCUGCUUGGCCCAGAAUUCCCACCUCCACACCCACUCCAGUAAAACCCUCAAUCUGACUGUCUACUACCCUCCUGAUGGCUCCCCAUUGUGUUCUGUGGAGCCUGCUUUGAAUCACACUGCUCUCAGGCUCUUCUGCUCCUGGCUCGGAGGAUUUCCCUCUCCGUCCCUCUACUGGACCAGAAACCCAAUACAGGCAGGACAAAAACAGGCUGACACAGGGCAACAACUACGUCUACCAACUAGCAAUGUCAUGAUGCUCUCGUCUGAGAGUCUGAAUCUGAACAGCAGCUUGUUUACAUGUGUCGGCUCCCAUCCUGUUCUACCACAACAUACAGAGUGUAGCACACAUACACAUAUCCCUCCAGUAGAGCCAAUGUGUUUUAGCAAUGUGACCAGUGAUAAGCAGUAUCUGAUGCUGUACUGCUCCUGGGAUGGAGGGGUACCCAAAGCUCUGCUGUGGUGGGAAGGACCGGGGAACCAAAGCAAGGAUGGACAAGAAAACUCCAACAUCCUGGUUCUCCGCUAUGGGACCGUCCACAGUGGAAAACCCUACACCUGCUACGCUAAACACCCACUUCUGGCUGUAGCAAAGACCUGCAGAAUCACAUUGGCUUCUGUCAGUAAGCCUCACCUCCUCAUGAGUGACGCAUCUCCAAAGGAAGGAUCUACAAUCUGGAUGCACUGCAACAUGGAAAUAGGGACUCGUCCAAUACAUUAUGUGUGGCAGUAUCAACUAAAUAAUGGAAACUUCAUGACGUUUACACAGGGUAGCAGCAGCUUCAUUAAUAUCACAGACAUCCUCCAUAGCCAGACUGGCUGGUACCGCUGCGCUGCAGGCAACGCUGUCAACAGUGAGAUCUCACAACAGUUAUGGCUCAACAUCACAUUUGGUCCAGAUGUUCCUCAGAUAGAUGUGGCUCCAUCUAAUAUUGUACAGCGGGCAUACACAGCACUAGAGAAUGAGACCGUUUCAUUGACUUGUCGAGCCCUGUCCAAUCCAGCCAGUCAGUACAUCUGGUUUCACAAUGACUCGGAAGUGUACUCCGGGCCCCAGCUCACCAUCACAAACAUCCUCCGUGUGCACACUGGUGACUACACCUGUGUGGGACAAAACUCCUACCUGAACACGCGGUCCAGGAAAACCAUCACCCUGACUGUUUACUAUCCACCUGAUGGCUCCCCCUUCUGCUCUGUGGAGCCGGCUCUGAAUCACACCUCAGUGAGGCUGCUCUGUUCCUGGCCUGGUGGAUUCCCCUCCCCGUCCCUCCGCUGGACCGGAGACCUGAUCCUCUCAGGACAACAACAGGUCACUAAAGAACAACAAACAGAUCCAAUGAGCUCAAAUAUCUUGCUGCCCUCUGGAGGUUUGACUCCAAACAGCAGCUUGUUCACCUGUUAUGGCUCCCAUCCUGCUCUAAAGCAACAGAGAGAGUGCAGCAUACACACAUAUACCCCCCCUGCUGAGCCUGUGUGUUUCGCCAAUGUGACAGAUGACAAACAGUUUCUGAUACUAUCCUGCUUCUGGGGUGGGGGGAUCCCGAGAGCCUUGCUGUGGUGGAAGGGUCCAGGUGGUCAGGGCAAAGAUGGAGAAGAAAGCUCUAAUGUCCUGAUUGUUCGUUACAGCACCUUUCAGUUUGGAAAGCCUUACAUAUGCUAUGCUAAACAUCCGCUUCUGGUCCAAACCAAAACCUGUGGACUUACACUGGUGCCUGUUAGUAAACCAUCCCUGCUGUUAAGAGACACAUCCCCAGUGGAAGGAUCUACAGUAGGGAUGCAAUGUAACAUGGACAAUGGGACUGAGCCCAUCCAGUACGGGUGGCAGCGUGAAAUUCAAAGAGGCAACAUCACAACAUUUGCCCAGGGUAGCAACAGCAGCAUUAUCACCAUGACCAACAUCAACCGGAGCUUAACUGGCCGGUACCGCUGCGUAGGCAGUAACUUCAUUAAUACUGAGAGCUCUGACUGGGUGUUUAAUGACAUUAUCUUUGGCCCAGAUGUUCCUCGGAUUGAUGUAACUCCAUAUAGUAUAACAGACCGAGGAUACUCCGCCCUGGAAACUGAACCUGUUUCUUUGUCAUGUCAAGCCCAGUCCAAUCCAGCCAGUCAUUACAUUUGGUUCUAUAACAACUCCCAGGUGUUCACUGGGCCACAGUACACCAUUGCCAAGACCCUCCGUGUGCACACUGGUGACUAUACCUGUUUGGCGCAAAACUCCCACCUGAACACCCGCUCCAGGAAAACCGUCAGCCUUAUUGUCUACUACCCUCCAGCUGGCUCGCCCUCCUGCUCUCUGGAUCCAGCUCAGAAUCACAGCUCUCUGAGGCUUCUCUGCUCCUGGUCUGGGGGAUUCCCCUCCCCGUCCCUCCGCUGGACUGGGGACGUAAUAAAAGCGGGACAAGAACAGGAGGAAACAGAGCAGCAAAUGGAUCUACAAACCAGUGCUACCCUCUUGCUUCCCUCUGAAGGCCUGAUUCCAAAUAACACCUUAUUCACAUGCAUCGGUGCACAUCCUGCAAGAAAACAGCUGGCAGAAUGCAACACACGCACAUAUAUUCCACCUACAGAACCAGUGUGCUUUGCCUAUGUCACAAACACUCAGCAAUAUCUGAUGCUGUCCUGCUCCUGGGAUGGAGGGGCCCCAAAGGCCUUAGUGUGGUGGGAGGGACCAGGGGGCCAAAGCAAAGGAGGACAAGAAAACUCCAACAUCCUGGUCCUCCGUUAUGGGACUGCCCGAAGUGGGAAACCCUACACCUGCUACGCUAAACACCCACUUCUGAUGGAAGCAAAGAGUUGCAGGCUCACACUGGAGGUCCCUGUGUUACUGACACAGCGCAGAGUUGUGUCUGUGUAUGAGGGGACUGACGUGCAGCUCACCUGUAAUCUGAGAGCCAAUUACCUUCCAGCCAAUGAAAUCACCUGGUUCAACAAUCAGGGCGUGGAUGUCCAAGACACCUCAAAGUACAUGCUGCUACGAACGUCUGCCUGGACCAACCUGACCGUGAGAGACGCCGACGAGAUGCAGGACAGUGGAGAGUACAGAUGCUCCACUUCAAACGCAGUGGGAGGUGCUGAAAUCAAUGUCACUCUGGUGGUCAAGAAAUACCCCAUGCCACCCAAUGUGACCCUGAUCAAAGCGAUGUACAACAGCCGGCAUCGCAACGAGGUGGAGCUGGAGUGGCAGGUAGAUGGUGUGGACCAGAAUGGAGGUUGGACCGGUUUCCACCUGGAGCACAGGUGGGUGUCUGAGCGACCAAACAAGAGAGGAAAAAGCAAUGACUCACAAGUACGGAUGGAGGAGAGGAUUGGUACCCAAGACUGGUACCGUACCGUCAUCCAGGAUCCAGACAUCAGGAGUCACACAGUUCGAGGACUGACUCCAACUGUUACGUACCAGUUCCGCAUAAUACCCAUCAACCACCGCACCAUCGGACACCCCUCUUUAGCCAAGACUCCAGUGGAAGUGCGUGACAAUGUUUACCCUGCUGUGAUUGGAGCAGCUGUUGGUGGAAUGCUCUUUGCAGCCAUUCCGACUCUGCUGCUGCUUGUGUACUUCCUACGCAACCAUGAUACCAAUGCUCGACUACAUGCAAUGCUGUUUGGCUCGCAGCACAGCCAGUCCAGGGAAAACAUUAACUUCCCUGAGGAUGAGUUGGCUGCCGGCUCAGACAGUGGACUAGAGAACACUAUUGGAUCAUCGAGUCCAGGUACAACUAUGGCAGAACCAAAAAUAUGAUAUUUCUGUCACAAACAGGCAAGCAUCUCCCACUGCAGACGUAAUGAGGCUGAAAUCGCCAUCUUCUUUAAGGCUGCAAGAUCAUAAUCUUAUGAAUCCAAAUCGUUUGGGUAAAACUGAACCCAUUAUUUUUAUAGUGUAGAAAGUUUGUCAUUACACCAGGACCUUUUAUCAGUGUGUGAGCAGUUUUAACUAUCAAUUGAAUUGUUUAGAUAGUAAAAAGGAUUAAUUUUGAGCUAACUGUUCCACAUCUGAAGAUGAGACAACAGAACGAAGCCAGAAAAAUGAAAAGUAUGCGUGAAUGUCACCUGUGCAGUGUCUAUAAUUAUAUCUUUCUAUUAGCUUUGUCAAAGCCUUGUACAACACAGUGUAAUUCAGUCAUUUAAAGCAAUAACAUACUGAAAUAAAGAUUAGUUUUUCUCUGAAACAUGCAAAAGUGUUUGCUAUGUUUUAUUUAACAUUGUACAAUAUGCAAACGUAUAAGAUUCUGCCUGUGUCACAUAAUAGCAUGCACUUUGAAAAUGCUUAAAUCAUGUUCAGUACAGAUUGAACACUCUUAAUCUUUUGAAUAAACGGCCAGAAUGUGUAAUGUUAUACGCAUUGACUUGGCAAUAAUGAAGACC